AUGGAACCACGAGUCUUGGGCGCGCGCCCGUGCGUGAAGCUGGGCUGCCACCUCCUAGAGACGUACCGCCUCAUCAAUCUCGCGUACUACAAGAAGCAGCGGUCGAAAGAGAAGCUGGUCAAGGGCGCCAAAGACGCCAAGCAGCCACCAGAGGCGCCCACGCUAGGCGACUACUACGUGCCGGCCGAGCACGAGGUGCUCCAUGCGCGCUACCGUGUCACGGGCAAGAAAAUGGGCAAGGGUUCCUUUGGCCAAGUGCUCGAAGCCGUCGACAUUCAGACCAACAAGCCUGUUGCCAUCAAGAUCAUCAAGAACCGCAAGGCCUUUGAGCGACAAGUGCAAUCUGAGAUUGAUAUUCUCGAGUACCUGCACCGCAGCCGGCACGGCCACGACAACCACAUUGUACAAAUGCUCGACAAGUUUGUUCACAAGGGCCACCACUGCCUCGUCUUUGAGCUCCUCUCAUACAAUCUCUUUCAGCUGCUGCAGAGCACCAAAUACGCUGGCAUCGGUCUCAAGCUACUGCGCAAGUUUAUGAGGCAGGUGCUUGAGUCGCUGCGGUACCUCGCGGAAUCGUCCAUCAUACACUGCGACCUCAAACCCGAAAACAUUGUACUUGUCAACCAAAGCAAGAGCCAAGUGAAGCUCAUCGACUUUGGCAGUUCUUGCCGCGUCGGCAAAGAGAUCUUUCAAUACCUCCAAAGCCGCUUCUACCGGGCGCCCGAGGUCAUCCUUGGUCUCAAGUACACGGCAGCGAUCGACAUGUGGAGCCUCGGCUGCAUUCUCGUCGAGAUGCACUCGGGGUCGCCGCUCUUUGACGGCGCCAACGUCAUGGACCAGCUGCACAAGAUUGUGCACGUGCUCGGCAUGGUGCCCGCGCCCAUCAUAGACCAGCUCCAUGUGCUCCAACGCAACAAGUAUUUCGAGCGCACAUCGACCGGGUAUGCGCUCAAGCCAACGUCCGAAGCCGAGCCGCCACCGGCGGUCCGUCGCACCCUCUACGACAUUGCUACAUGCAACGGCCGGCGGUUUGGCGAGAAGGGCCACAGUCUCGACGAGUACGCUGCGUUCACCGACCUUGUCACCAAGAUGCUCGAAUACGACCCACGCAAGAGGAUAACGCCGUCUGAAGCGCUCCAGCAUCCGUUCUUUCACGAAGAUGCGAGCAAUACACCGCGACCAAAGGACAAGAAGCGCAGCACCAAAGGCCAGUGCAGUGCGAGCGCAUUAAUACCUAGUGACGACGUCGAGUGCGCCCAUCGGGCCAAGCAGCGCAAGCUGCUCGCGCCCGACGCAUGA